UUUCUCAUUCAGAGCCAAGUAACGACGAUUGUGAGGGUUUUUAGUUCAGUUCAUUCCAUUUCGUGGAGCACAUUUUACUCUUCUGGUCGUAUCAUUUUUAUUUUUCACUCUGGCAAAAAAAAAAAUCUAAAAAUCAUAAAAAAAAAAUAUAAAGUAGUUUUUGUUUUUGAAUCUGGUAUUCUUGAAAUCGGGAAAAAAUCGGGUUUAAAUAUAUAUAUUUGAAAAAUCGUAAAUCGAAAACGGCAUCAUCGACCUAGCUAGGGAGUUGUUAAUCAAAAUCAGUAAACGUGUGUGCCGUGUAUCAUUUGUAUCAGAACUCUCUAUCCCGCCAACCGUAUUGCCCAUUUGUGUUUUUUAAUCCAUACAAUUUUGUUUUGUGCGAAAAUCAAGCUAAAAAUUCUGCCGCUGCUGCCUAAGAAGUCUGAAUUCCAAAUUCAAAGCGCUUUUUAGAUUAAUUAUAACCAAACUAAUAAGUGAUAUUAACUGAUAACCAUUAUAAUAAUAAGGAUGCUUCGUCAGAUUCAGAUGCGUGCCAAUUUGCAGGUUCAGCUGCUCAAGAGUACGAUGGGAUUUAACAGUCGCCGAUUCAGCGCCCUCCCGGUUGGUGGCCCCAAACACUUCGAUACCAAGACCCUGUCCUUCAAAGAGGCCACUGGCCACUCGCUGGUCGGCGGACCGCGUCGCUGGAUUGGCGGAGCCUCCAGCUCCUUGGACGAUAUGAACCCGAUGCAGGAGAAGAAGGCCGACAAGGAGAUGGAGGCAACUGGCGAGGAACGACCACGCAGGCCCCUGUACAACCCGCUGAGCCGCCGCCACUCGGUCAGCCAGUCGAGAGUUCAAUACAUUUACGACAAACAUCGCGAACUGGCUCAUGAGGUCGAGUUGCGGAAGCCGAAGGGCAAGCAGUUCGUUACUCGCCACUCGCUGCAUUCUGGGCGACAGGACAAGAUCAACUAGAGAGCGACCGGGAACGAGCCAGGAUGUCGGAGGAUGUGAGACUGAUCCUGAUGCCGGCUACCCCUUUUGAUUACUUAACGGAUCCGUCCCGGAAUACAAUACUAGCCCCCAAAACGGAAAAAAUCGAUAUCAAAAUCAAUAAUUUUUACUUUAGACAAAACUGGCAACCAACAUGCCCGUGAAAAAGAUCCAUUGUUACGUUUCGCAACGCUUUCGUUCAAACUAACAUGCGGAGCAAGACUUUUGUGUUUAAUUAAAUAUCGUUAUAUAUUCUGGUACUUGCAAAAAAUCAUGUCAAAAUUGUAUUUAAAGAAGAUUUAAGAACAUUAUAACAUAAAAA